AGUUGUCUAAAGUCUAAACAAAACUGUCAAGUAAUCAAAUGCCGGGUUUACUAUCUCAAAAACUUCUGAAUACGUGUACAGUAGUCAUUAGAUGACAAUUAGUAAAGGCAACAUCCUCUUCUGUGAUUUUACAACAAAGGACAAUGGCCAGUGAAAAGAAAUUGCUUUGCUUAUUUGAUGUUGAUGGAACUUUGACUGCGCCAAGGAAGGUGAUUACUCCAGGUAUGCUGAAGUUCCUUACAGAAGAGGUUCAGUCAAGAUGUGCCGUGGGACUGGUAGGGGGUUCUGACGAAGGAAAGAUUGCUGAACAGAUGGGUGGCCAACAUGUUGUUGACAAGUUACACUACGUCUUCUCUGAAAAUGGUUUAGUGGGAAAGAAGGAGGGGGUGGAAAUAGCAAGAACAACAAUUCUAAGUUACAUGGGAGAAGAAAAACUUCAACAGUUCAUCAAUUUCGCUCUGAAAUGUCUGUCAGAAAUUACACUACCAGCAAAGAGAGGAACAUUCAUUGAGUUCCGAACAGGACUAAUAAAUGUUUGUCCAGUCGGUAGAUCUUGCAGCCAACAGGAAAGAGAUGAGUUUGGAGAGUAUGACAAUAAGCAUAAGAUAAGAGAACAACUGGUAGAAAAGUUCAAAAAACAAUUCCCUGAUAUGGGGCUUAACUAUGUUAUUGGUGGACAAAUUAGCAUUGACGUCUUUCCUAAGGGUUGGGACAAGACUUACUGCUUGAAGUUCUUGAGUGAGUUCGAUGAAAUCCACUUUUUUGGAGACAAAACUUCACCAGGUGGAAAUGAUUAUGAAAUCUGGGAUGAUUCCAGAACAGUUGGACACACUGUUACUAGUCCAGACGACACAAUGAAGCAGUUGAAAGAACUGUUUAAGAUAUAAAACUAUUGUUGGUUUGGAAUUUGGCUGACAAUAUGUUAAAUAAUUUAAAAAAGCGCUAUUUUCAGAUUCACCAGCAAUUUUCUUAGAGAGAAUAAAAAAAACAGUGACAAAUAGUAAAUUACUUUUAGAACAUCAAUAAGCAGUGGCGGACAUACCGUAAGGCACACAAGGCACGUGCCUAGUGCCAUAAAACAUAGGGGCGCCCGGCCGCGCAGGUGGCGGGCAACGGGUGGCAGGCGCGUGGUAUGAAAGCAACGUUUAAUUUAAGAACAUACUUUCAUAAUUCCUUAACAGUUUAAUUUUUGUAGUAAAACUGUUAAACAAUGAACAAUACUUUACAUUCCAGAUACAAAGAACAUUAAUGAUAAUUGACUAAUUGUUCACUAUUUUUGUAAUUAUAUAGUAUUACAAAUCCCACUAGGUUGGCCACUGUCAAUAAGUUGUCUUUUUAUUGGUAAACAAAAUACAUUUUAGUUGUGAGGACUAGUCAAGAGUCCACUAAAAGUUUAUUGGAGUUAUAGUAGAUCCAAUCCAAAAGUUACCUAGCCUAUUUUAACAUUAUGCCUAUGUAACCUAUGUAGCCUAUGUUGUGCACUGUCAUUCUACAGUUUUAUAAAGUCAAAGUCAAUUAAACAUAUGUUGAAACAGAUAAAACAUGAUUGUUGAUUAAGUUCAAUUAAUUAUGUUUUGUAGGAUGUGAUUCAGUUAAAUUUACACCUACUUAGAUUUUAAUUUGCAUUUGAAUAAAGACACAAAUGUUUUAUAAAUCCUAAAUGUUUUAUGUAUUUUUGGAAAUGUAACAUACAACUAUUUCCUGUAU